ACUUUUAAGGUUAUGGAUAUUAAUAACGAGUAUAAUGCCAUCAUCGGCAGGACGGCGUUGUACAAACUUCGGGCCGCAGUCUCUAUUUUCCACUACGCGUUAAAGUUCCCGACAACCCGAGAAGAAGGAACCCACUUCGGAGAUCAAAGAGAAGCUCGACAACUUGUAACGUUCAUCCCAUCUCAUGGAGUUCACUCAGCUUCAACGAGUAACAAUGAAACCGCCCCACAACAUCACUAUCCAAACGAUGCGAUGACCGAAGAACCGAGCAACCAUGUCGGUGAACCUUCCACCUCGGAUCCGUUAACCGAAGACCGAGGACGCCGACCUGGAAAAGAGCCCCUCCUUGAAGAAGACGAGCUGGAUCCCAGAGCAUUGUUUAAAGAAAAAAGUCGACCUGAUCGAGCCGAACCUGGAGAAGACGUGGAGUUAGUCUAUAUUGACGAACCAGUCUUCCACAAGUCAUUACGUAUCGGAGGUCAUCUUCAGGAACCACUUCGGUCAGAACUUAUUGC